AUGAACAAAGAUAGCCAUAGGUGGGCAGAUGAGCACAUAAGAAGGAGGCCAAGGAGGACUGGGACGAGCAUGGAUCAGGGUAUAACUGUUUUUCGCAAGAAUGAAUCAGACCUCCAGAGGCAAACGGAAGCAGCGGUCAACAAGAAACCCAAGCGCGGUCCGCUCAAUACCAUCGAGCAGGCCGCUCUGAUCAAGGUCUGCGAGAAGAGAGCCAGAUACGAUGAGGUUUGCAACAUAACUUCUUCACAAUUCUGGUUCGGAAUCGAGAUGGCUCUCGAAAGAGAGAUUGGUCGUCGCUACUCGCACUAUUCCUGCAGAAAACGCAUCAACGACUACAUCACAAAUCGUGCUAUAUAUCAAAACGACAUCAAGAACGGGAUAAAACCGGAUCCUGUGCUUCUGCCCGACCCAGAGAUCCGCAAGCUGCUAGAUCGAUGGGAGGAAAUGGACAAAUACAAGGAACAGCUGGAAAGAGAGAAGGCAUUAGGUCAGCUUGUGGGACGGGAGCCUGAAGUGCCGACGAAAAACAAACUACAGAGAGUCGCGGACUGGGUCAGGAGCCUUCCAGACCCGGAGCCUCAAGCUAGACCCCUCGUCACUCCGCCCUCCACCAACUCCUCCCAAUCGCCAGUCAAACAGGAUGAAUCCACUGUUCUUUGGGCUCGAUAUCGCAAAAUUGAAGAUUAUCGGGCCAUUGCACGGUCUAAUCAACUCCGUGCGUUGAACAAUGAUUUAACGAGCAGUCGACAGCUUCUAUCGAAUAUCAAAGAACAAUUACACUCGACACUCUACGAUCCGCCGGCCAACCAAACAACGACAGGUCUAAAGCGAACUCGGGAAGACGAGGUCUCUCCUGACCGAGCAGCGCCACGUCCUCGAAUCGAAUUGGCCGAAUUGGAGGCUAUGGUCAAGCCACCAUUGAAACAGAGUCCUGGUAACUCGAAUGUCCUUACUCAAUCCGAAAUUGCGCCCGCCCAGAUGCCGAUUGAGACGGUAUUCAGCAAAUUCUGGGAAAGCAUGCUGCCAUAUUUCAAGGAACGAGCUCUGAAAGAUGGCAUAUCCCUCAUAAAGUCUGAGUCUAUCAUGCACGACCUAUUUAAAGAAGUUGGGGCCGCCAUGACCAAGGCAUUUAUGAAACUAGAGCAGCAAACCUCUCGAUCUCCUUCCGCUUACAAGCCUCCUAUAUAAGUCCGCUUCACGUCGCAUUCGAGCAUACGCAUCGUCAUUUCUGCUAUCUACGAGCAUUUUCUGUCCUAUUUCCGUUUCCGGCGCGCAUUGUUUCGUCUUCACUUUCAUCAUAGGCCACUUUUGAGCUUGAUUCAGUUUUCUCAUUAGACUGCAUAGAGUCGAUACCCCGUUUUCUUUGGGUCGUUUGGAUUUACGAUUUGUUUUACAGUUGCAUCGCAAGCAUCGCAAGCAUCGCAUUGCAUAUCUGCUUGACAUCUCUUACUCUUCUCUUAUUCUCCUGUACAUACAAGACUGCCUGCCCAAUUGUGGUGCUGGAUAUGAAGCAUCACUCAGAUUGAUGAAUGAAUUAAAGUAAACAAACAC